AUGGAGAGCAUGCGAGCCGUCGUCUUCCUGUCUGUGUGUCUGUCCGUCAUGACGGCUCUCUGUCAGGGUCAAAGGUCGGCCGACAGCCAGCUGCCCGACGAGCCCAACCUGGGACUGAGCAGCAGCCAGCUGGUGGAGGCUCUUCAGGGUUUCCUGGAUGAAGCCGACAGCAGAGUCGGUUUGUCUGUGGAGAAGAAAGCCAGCGUGAUCCCUCGAUGUGACGUCGGCGAGCGCUGUGCCAUGAAGCACGGUCCGAGGAUCGGCCGCCUGUGUGACUGUCUGAGAGGAACAGCCUGCAACACCUUCUUCCUGCGCUGCUACUGAGCUGCACACACACACACACACACA